AUGUUCCAUCACAACAUCGACGAGGUAACUUUUUGGACCGAUUCAUCGAUCACACUACACUGGAUCAAAACGCAUCCGUCUACACUUUCAACAUUCGUGGCAAACAGGGUUUCAGAGAUACAAGAAUGGUCAACUAGUAUAACGUGGCGACACGAGCAGUCACAGCACAAUCCAACUGACAUAGUAUCCAGAGGAUGUAACGUUACUGAACUAGUCAGUUCAAUUUGGCAAACUGGGCCUGAAUACCUGUCACAAGAUGUUACCAAGUGGCCAAUUAAAAUAGCGCCAAUACUCACUUUGGAGCAAGAAUCUCUGGAAACAAGAAAAACAAGAGCUGUGUUUAUCGUAUCGGAAGAACCCUCAAACGCAAUUUUGAACGUAGUCGCUGCUCAGUCAUCAUACAUGAAGCUCAUGCGAAUUGUUGCGUAUAUACUCCGAUUCAUAAAUCGCGCUAGGAAAUGUCAAGAAGAGAUAUCACUAAUCCCAAGUGUAAAACAAUUAAAUAGCGCUUUCUUAAAGGUCGUAGAACAGAUUCAGAAAGAUGCAUUUCAAGAUGAGAUAUAUGCACUGAUGAAGAAACAGCUGUUAAAACCAGGCAUGCAGAAACUUACUCCAUUCCUGCACAAUACAAAUUGUGGCCCCAAUAAAGUAACACUGUUACGCGUGGGAGGCCGGUCGCUCAAUGCCCCAAUUAGCUAUGAUUCCAAGUUUCCACUCCUCAUGCCAAAAAAUCGCCAUUAUAUUAAUAUCUACUUAAGGCAUCUACACUUGAACAUUUGUCAUGCCGGUCCCAAGGCGUUAGGGUCAAUUUUGCUGCAAAAGAUAUGGCUUGUUAACGCGAAAGCAGCUUGCAGUAAAACUGUAAGAAGUUGCAUACAUUGCUUUCGCUAUAAACCGAAACUUCUGACUCAAAUAAUGGGAAAUUUGCCAAUUGAUCAAGUCACAGCAACGCGUCCUUUUUUAAUUUCAGGUGUUGAUUUUUGUGGUCCCAUGUAUACAACAUUAAAAAUACGUGGUCGACCACCAGUCAAAACAUACAUUGCCAUUUUCGUUUGCUUCACGUCUAAAGCUGUACAUUUUGAACCAGUCUCUGAUUUAACUUCUAAUUGUUUUAUUCUUUGUCUUAAAAGGUUCGUUGGACGGAGAGGACUGCCAGAGCGAAUUUACUGCGACAACGCCACGAACUUCGUGGGAGCCUGCCGAGAGCUGAAAGAGCUGCAACAAAUGUUCAAAAUACAGAAAGACCAGCUGGUAUCAUAUGCUGCACAAGAGGGAAUCGAGUUUGUCUUCAUACCUCCUCGCGCACCACAUUUCGGAGAAUUGUGGGAAGCCGCCGUCAAGUCCGUGAAACAUCUAUUACUACAAACAGCGGGCAGCGCAAUGCUAACCAACGAGGAACUGCAAACAUUGGUAAUUCAGGUGGAAGCCGUUCUUAAUUCAAGACCAAUCGAAGCUCUCAGUCAAGAUCCAAACGACGGUCAAGCACUAACACCAGCACACCUACUAAUAGGGGAUUCUUUGCGCACGCUGCCGCAAGAAUCAGCGCUCGACGUGCAAAACAGCAAUCUGAAUUAUGCGCAGAGAUGGCGGCUGCUAUGCGAGCUCAAACCCAAACGUAGCAGUCGGCCGUCUCGUCGUUGUCCACGAAGACAAUCUUCGCCCUCACCAAUGGUUGAUCGGCAGGGUCCAAGGUACGGUAGUCGGGAGCGACGGCAGGGUGCGAGUGGCAGACGUUAG